AUGUUCGCUGUAUUCCAUCCGAAGAAGCCGGAGAGCAUUCGUGUGGUGUUUGAUUCGUCGGCAAAAUAUCAAGAUGUGUCAUUGAAUUCAGUGCUUCUUCAAGGACCUGACUUGCUGAACAGUCUGGUUGGUAUCCUUCUUCGAUUCUGUAUGGAAAAGAGAGAGCUUCUCGUAGAUGACGGAUUGGUAUCCUGUAAAACUGUUGAACACACCGUUGACCUUGUCCUUCGCACAAAGCAAGCCUUACAUGACAACGGCAGAAUAAGACUCCACAGGUUUGCGUCAAACAGCAGAGAGGUGCUUAAUGGGCUAGACCAAGGUGACUUAGCAAAAGAUUUAAAGGAUCUUGAUUUAGGAACAGCUACUCUUCCCACCCAGAGAUGUCUAGGACUACUUUGGAAUACAGAUACAGACACCUUUACAUUCAAAGUCAGCUCUGUUGAAAGGUCUUACAUUCGACGUGGACUGUUAUCUGUAAUCAACAGUGUCUUCGACCCUAUUGGCUUUUUACAACCUUUCAUUAUUGAAGGAAAACUCUUACUUCGUGAAAUGAUGUCUGUGACCAGUAAAACUGAUUGGGACGACGCAUUACCAGAACCACUGUGCAACAAAUGGAUCUCAUUGAUGAACUCUUUAAGCUAUCUUGAGACUCUUCACAUGCCUAGAAUGUACGGUGAUAUCUCGUUUGAGGAUGCCACCCAUAGAGAGUUUCUAAUAGGUAAAGCAAAACUUGCACCAACACAAGGGCACACAAUUCCUCGCCUAGAGUUGUGUGCAGCUGUACUUGCCACCGAGAUCGCAGAAAAUGUGCGAGAUCAACUGAAGAUUCCUCAGAACAACUUUCACUUCUUUACAGAUAGUCAAGUUGUGCUUGGAUAUAUUUCCAAUGAAACAAGGAGAUUUUACAUUUAUGUUGCUAAUCGUGUUGGCAGAAUUCGUCUAUUUAGCCAACCAUCUCAAUGGCAUCACGUUAGAACAGAAUGUAAUCCUGCAGAUGUAGCUACUAGUAGCAUUGAUGCGUCACAGCUUGAAGAUUCAGCAUGGCUUCGUGGUCAAGUGGAGACACCUGAAAUAACAACCAAGUCAGAGUUUGAACUUGUUAAUCCAGAACAUGACAUUGAAGUUCGACCAGAAGUCACUAGCUGCAAGCAAGAAGAGGACACAGAAGAUUGCCCUAAAACAUCAAACCGCUUUUCAGACCACUUCUCAAGAUUUUCAUCUUGGAACAGACUGAGACAGUUAUAUGGAAGAAAUGAGGUACAUGAAAGAGUCAGGCAGAAUUCCACACAACAGUACCAUCCUAUCUCUCUCUCUCCUGUGUUGGACAGUGAAGGUGUUCUUAGAGUUAGUGGGAGACUGAACAAGGUGAAUGAUGCAGAACUGAGUGGGCAACAGCGCAACCCAAUAAUUUUACCGAAAAACCAUCAUGUCAGUCACCUGCUUAUUGGUCACUUUCAUUCAGAAGUAUUUCACCAGGGACUCCAUUUCACAGAGGGUGCUGUGCGUGCUGCAGGAUAUUGGAUUGUUGGUUUGAAGAGGAAAGUUUCAUCUUUCAUCAGCAAGUGCGUGAUGUGUCGUAAGCUGUGGGGUAAAUUCAGUCAACAAAAGAUGGCAGAUCUUCCAGAGGAUCGCUGCAAACCAAGUCCACCCUUUUCAUAUGUCGGCGUUGAUACAUUUGGUCCGUGGAUGGUGGCAUUCCGUCGUACAAAAGGAGGAAGUGCUAAUCAGAAACGAUGGGGCCUAUUAUUCACCUGUCUAGUGACCAGAGCCAUCCACAUUGAGAUCAUAGAACAACUCACAAAAUUUAUCGAGAAGGGACCAGUGCAAGACUUUCUCUCGAACUGUCGCACUACUUGGAAGUUUAAUCCUCCUCAUGCCCCACACAUGGGAGGGGUGUGGGAACGACUUAUUGGGACAGUCAAGCGUAUACUGAAUUCCAUGUUAUUGCAACGACAAGGUAGAGACUUGACAAAUGAAGAACUCACAACACUCAUGACAGAAAUAUGUGCCAUUGUUAACAACAGACCACUGAUAGAUGUGACAUGUGAUCUGGACUCAUCAAACCUACUUAUGCCGUCGAUGCUACUUACCAUGAAGACUUACCCAGAUGUCGGGCCAUUUCCACCCCUUGGAACAAAGGAUGCUCUUAAGUCAGCUUGGAAAAAUGUUCAAGUCUUGGCAGAAGAAUUUUGGCGACGGUGGAAGUCGGAAUAUUUGCACCACUUGCAUAAACGUGAAAAGAGGACAGAAUUGAGGAAUAUCAAGUCUGGAGAUGUGAUCCUUCUCAAAGAUGAGUCCCCUUGCAAUGAAUGGCCUAUGGGAGUCGUGCGCCGAACAUUCGAAAGUGGAGAUGGACUUGUUAGAAAAGUAGAAAAAGCUAUUGUAAAGGACGGAAAACAAGUUUUGUGUUUAAGACCAAUAACAGAUCUUAUUCUUUUGUUGGAAGUUGAUGAGUGA